ACACGUGAAGAAUGUCUGAUGUAAAGAGAUAGAUUAGAACAUCAGAAGCCGGGAAUUACACACAAAGAACAGUCAUAGUGGGACACAUGUAUGAUCCCCGAUGAAAAACAUUGUGAAAAGACAGGAUGGUCCCGAUCCGUUUCAGGAAUGUCUACGUCUUGUUGCCAGUGUUUGCGCUGACCCAGGUGGUGCUGUUUGGGGUGAUAUUCUCCCGGAAGUGUUCCUAUUUAUCCUGGCUAUGGAGAGGGUGCAAGGAAGAAAAACCACUCUGUCCGCUGAUUUCGCCUCAUUUAAAAGGUACAGUUGAGGUGGAAACUUAUGUCCCAGCCUGGCAGACGAUAGAAGACAACUACCCCAUGUUACAAAAUGGCGGUCGUUACCAGCCGCCUGACUGCAAGGCCCGCCACAGGGUGGCGCUGAUUAUUCCUUUCCGGGACCGUGAUAUCCAUCUCAAAAUACUUCUUAACAACCUUCACGCUUUCCUUAUGAGGCAGCAGCUUGACUACGGAAUAUUUCUCAUUGAUUUAGAGGAGACUAUCCCGUUCAAUAGAGCACUGCUGUUAAACGUUGGUUUCUUGGAAGCGAACAAAGUCCAUGAUUACCAAUGUUACGUGUUCCAUGACGUCGAUCUAAUACCUGAGAAUGACCACAACAUGUACUCGUGUCCAGAGCAACCCAGACACAUGUCUGUCGCCAUAGAUAAGAUGAAUUAUAGACUUCCGUACACACAGAUAUUUGGAGGCGUGUCCGCCAUGACCAGGGAGCAGAUGCUGGCUGUGAACGGUUACUCUAACAGGUUCUUUGGUUGGGGAGGAGAGGACGACGAUAUGUACAAUAGGUUAAAAUAUCACAACUUGACGAUUAGCCGAUACACGGGAGACGUGGCCAGAUACAAGAUGCUCUCUCACCGCCGGGACGAGGGGAAUCCCCAAAGAUUUGCUCUGAUUAAAUCUGAAAAGAAACACAACCACCGUGACGGACUGAGUACGCUCAAGUACACUGUCACAAAAAUGGUGACGAAACGCCUCUACACCUACAUCCGGGUCUCUGUAGAUCAGAAACGACUCACUCUUGGCCAUGGAUGAUAGAAGUUGAACACAACUAAUAACUGUGUGACAAAGAAACCGGCGGAUCCAAGAAAACAAAUGGAUUCCCGCGGGAUUAAGAAAGACAGGGCUCUUAGUCCUGUACUGUACUAACCACGCAAGCGUCAGGGAGGAUUGUCCAGAUUUCCUAAGGACUCGAGGAUAUGACGUCAUAAGAUAAAAAGAGAACUAUCCUAUGAAAAUUAUCUUUUUUUCACUUUGACAUUACUAAAAAAGUGUAUUAUUUGUGCCAUAUUCAGGGACUUAUUCUACGAAACAUUCCAUGACCUGUAACAAAUAUAAAUAAAUGCCGUAUUUCUAUAAUUCCAAAGAUCUCUGAUGGAGGAACAUUAACAUGUAAAGUGGGCUUGUACUGGGGAACAUUUCAAUGCUUAUUAUGAAAUAAAUUGGUGUAUAUC